GACGCAAACGAAUACAAACUAGUGGCCGCCAUGUUGGAUCUCUGCGGCCCGGAGGGACGUCCGGGUUGUAAACAGUAAAUGAUUGUACCGCCUGCUGGGCCGCUGACUGGACCGGACCUCAGCAGACAGCCAUGAGCCGCCCGUCCUCAGCCGGAGGAGGGGGGCUGGGGGCCGGUAAGGCAGGCGGGGGGAAGCACGGGGCCGCCGGUGUCCAGGCUACCGUCACCGGGUCAGGUUCGGUGGCUCCGUCCCCCGCCGGCUCCCUGCCCCCGUCCGCCGGGGUUCCCGGACCGGCCCCGGAGCUGACGGCUCUGUUCGAGUGCCCGGUGUGCUUCGACUACGUGCUGCCGCCCAUCCUGCAGUGCCAGGCGGGUCACCUGGUCUGCAACCAGUGCCGCCAGAAGCUGAGCUGCUGCCCGACCUGCCGCGGCCCGCUGAGCCCCAGCAUCCGGAACCUGGCCAUGGAGAGGGUGGCCUCCACGCUGCCCUUCCCCUGCAAGUACUCCUCCGCCGGCUGCCUGCUGUCUCUGCACCACAGUGAGAAACCAGAGCAUGAGGAGGUGUGCGAGUUCAGGCCCUACACCUGUCCCUGUCCGGGGGCCACCUGCAAGUGGGCCGGACCGCUGGAGGCCGUCAUGCCCCACCUGAUGCACGCUCACAAGUCAAUUACCACGCUGCAGGGGGAGGACAUCGUGUUCCUAGCGACGGACAUCAACCUGCCUGGCGCCGUGGACUGGGUCAUGAUGCAGUCGUGCUUCAGCCAUCACUUCAUGCUGGUUCUGGAGAAGCAGGAGAAGUACGAGGGUCACCAGCAGUUCUUCGCCGUGGUGCUGCUCAUCGGCACCAGGAAGCAGGCUGAGAACUUCGCCUACCGCCUGGAGCUGAACGGGAACCGGCGUCGCCUCACCUGGGAGGCCACACCCCGCUCCAUCCACGACGGGGUGGCAGCCGCCAUCGUCAACAGCGACUGCCUGGUGUUCGACACCUCCAUCGCUCACCUGUUCGCCGACAACGGGAACCUGGGCAUCAACGUCACCAUCUCCAUGUGCUGAGAGCGGUGGUGGAAGAGCUGGGCCCUGAGCAGGUCUGAGCCCAAUCGGACCGUCUGGCUCGUGGCGGCGCUCGGGAGGAGGACUGUAACCUCUCUGAGGGGAGGAAGGGUUCUGCUGAGCAGAGCGGAUUCUUUGCAGGACGGGUUCCUGUGGCGCUUCUUCACACUUCCUGGAAGCUUCACUGCGUCUUCAGAACUCUGUUCAUCUGAGGAAUCUGGGUGACCUGGACCUCCAGCAGAUCUCUGACAGCCUCAGAUGGAUCUGCAGACACUAAAACUGCAACAUAAGGGUCCAUUAUAACCCACGUGUCAUGGUUCUGAACCGGUUUGUCUACUGAUUUAUAUGCUGACUUGUCCAGAAAACGAUGAUGUUAAAGUUAUCCAGCUCUCCUGUUGAAGAGGCCGUUGCUGGUUCUGAUGGUCCUGUUGAAUAUCUGAAUACUUUUCCUCCAGCUCUUCAUUCUGAAACCCAUUUGGGCUGAAGGAGACGGAACCGGUUCCGAAACGAGAAGUCAGGAUGUCAUAAGCUGACGUCAACGGUUCAGUCUGAUGGCAAACCAGUCCAGCUGAUAGAACCUUCUGAGAUUUAGCUGUUUAAGAAUGAAGAAAACAUCUUUCCAUGGACUUUAGUUUGGACACGUCACCAGAACCAGAACUUGUUCUCACAUGUAACAUUUUGAUAUAAAAAGGGCUGAACUUAAUCUCAAUAAUCCGUUUCUCAAGGGUUUGGUUCUUUAUAGGUGACAGAACCUUGUUGAUCCAAACAUCUGACUGGAUUCAGUCACAUUUCAAUAACCUCCUGAACAUCUCAACCAACCAACCUGAAUCUCCAAGGCGAUGGAGGCGCUUCAGAGCGACCUUCAGAGUCUGUGUUCCUCCAUGUUUGCCAUCAGGCUUCAUGCUGAACUGAACCAGUUCCAGUCCCUCUAUUGGCCAGCAGGGGGCGACUCCUCUGACCAUGGUUAUAAAAUCAGCCAGCAUUCAAUCCCUAAACGAACUAAUGCUUUCCAUUUAAAUUGGCUUAAAAAGAAAAACAUCUGAAGCUCCUGAAAAGCUGCCAAAGUCCAAAUGAUAACCUUCAGGAACUCUGACCGAGGUGGAAGAUCUCAGGACGUCUUCCACAACGAACAUCUUAAUUUUAGCAGAGCGGCUUAAAAGGAACAACAGAAGAAAAACUCAACAUUUAUGCAGAAACACAGUGACAGCGUUGGUCCGGUAGAGGGAACCUACACCACAGCAUUAGUUCAGUCUGACUCAAGGGGAACCCACACCAUGGCUUUGGUUCUGCCCAGAUGAAAGGACCCCACACAGUGGCGUUGGUUCUGUCCAGGUGAGGGGACCCCACACAGUGGCGUUGGUUCUGUCCACUUGAGGGGAACUCAUACAGUGGCAUUGUUUCUGUCCAGGUGAGGGGACCCCACAGGGUGGCGUUGUUUCUGUCCAGGUGAGAGGACCCCAAACAGUGGCGUUGGUUCUGUCCAGUUGAGUGGAACCUACACAGUGGCGUUGGUUUGUUCCAGUUGAGGGAUCAUCUAGACUGAAGUGACUGAUGAUUCUCACAUGAGGAUGAUUUCUGUGGCUGUGGAACCUGAACCACUGACUGUUGAUCCGAUGGAUGAUCUGAUAGGAGAGCUUUAGCAUCUGAACUGUUGCUCAUCUAGGUCUAUAAAACAACAUCUGUGAAAUAAAAUGGUUCUGAGGGGUCUAUCAUGUUUACUAACAAACCCUCGGCUCAGUUUCUGGCUUCCAGGUAAAUCCAGAUAACCCUUUGCUUAAUGGACAGGAAGGUUGCUGGUUCAGUUCCAGCAGCGUUUGCCCUUUUUUCUCAUUAACUGCUGACUGAUAGGAGGAAUAAUCUGUUCAGCCAUAGGAGCCUUAAUUUUCUACUGCCGACCUCUUUCUGUGCUGCUGAGUUUCACUAAGAGCAGGUGGAACGCGACCCUUACUGCUCAAAUGAAAUGAUGGGACCUUUUUACAGGAUAAUAAAGCAUUUCGGAUAAAAGCACAAACUUUUGUUUUUCAGUUGUAUUCGGGAAGAUACCUCUGACCAAACCUCUCAGACCUCCUUCAGCUUCGAUGAAACCUCACAACCAGAGCAGUGCUCACAGCUGCAGGGGAAACGGAGCCCAGCCGUAGCUCAGGACAUUUUACAAAGGAUUCAAAUCAACAGAGAUUUUAAACUUGCAGUUCUAAGUUCAGGCUUAUAAUAUGUAAAGCUUUUAUUAACAUAAAGUUAUGUGAAAAAAGAGAAAAUGUCAAGAUUUUCCCUUCCUUUUAUAGCUUCCUCUUGAGGCUAGCAUAGCAUCAUUAGCACGCCAACUUCCUGCUUUCAAAUGGCUGUAAAUCUUUGAAAUGUUAAAUGAAGUUUUUUACUUACAUGCUGAUAAUAAAAGCAGUUAGUUGGAGAA